AUGAGCUCUAUUGAUGAGAAGCCUCUUUCAUGGUUCAUCAGACUGAUUCAUGAUACUUGCAUUCAUUUGAAUAAAUCUAUGUUGCUCCUCUGCUUAUUCCACUCUAAUUCUACAAUGAGCUCUAUUGAUGAGAAGCCUCUUUCAUGGUUCAUCAGACUGAUUCAUGAUACUUGCAUUCAUUUGAAUAAAUCUUGCCAUUCAUUUGAAUUGAUGAGAAGCCUCUUUUCAUGGUUCAUCAGACUGAUUCAUGAUACUUGCAUUCAUUUGAAUAAAUCUAUGUUGCUCCUCUGCUUAUUCCACUCUUAUUCUACAAUGAGCUCUAUUGAUGAGAAGCCUCUUUCAUGGUUCAUCAGACUGAUUCAUGAUACUUGCAUUCAUUUGAAUAAAUCUAUGUUGCUCCUCUGCUUAUUCCACUCUAAUUCUACAAUGAGCUCUAUUGAUGAGAAGCCUCUUCAUGGUUCAUCAGACUGA